AUGAGGAGAAAUUCAAGUGUAAUUGGAAAUUCUGGAGCAUACACUAGUCCUGGAACACCAGAUUAUGGGGAUAAUUACGGCAGAGGAAUGACAAAAGGAUGGAGUUCAGAGCGAGUUCCAUUGCCGACAAACAGUAGCAGAAGACACAUCAGUGCAGCUGCCUUGAUGCCAUUUAACAGUGGAAGAGCUUUGCCCUCGAAAUGGGAUGAUGCUGAGCGGUGGAUUACUAGUCCUAUUUCAGGAUAUGGGGUCUACAAGACUUCAACUUUACCGCCUGAAAGAAGGCCUAAAUCAAAGAGUGGCCCUCUUGGAACUACAGGGGUUAUGUAUAUGCCGAAUUAUUCGCCUACGGUUCCAGCUCUUGAAGGCGGAAGUGGGAGGAAUUUUCUGGUGGGUUCGCCGUUAACAACUGGUGUGUUGAUGCCUGAUGCUUUAUCUGUCCAUUAUGGAGCGGGGAAUGGUGGUAAUGCGUACAACUCCGUUUAUGCUGCCAAUGCAAAUGCUAAUGCUAAUGUUAGUACAUUGCCUGGAUUGUCAGAUUUUCUCGAGAUAAAAAGUUUGCAAAAUGACAAACUUGAAAGCUACCAAGAGGCGGAGGGCAGUGUUUCACGAGUAGUGUCACGAAGAGAUAUGGCAACUCAGAUGAGCCCGGAUAGUAGCAUUCACUCAUCUCCUAAAGCUAGGUCGUCAUUCUCUGCUUUGCCUCUCCCAAUCCCAAAUACAACUGAGCAGCACGGCUAUCAUUCUGAAAAAGUUGAAGUCGUCCGAGAUGUGCAAGUGGAUAAAGGUGCCACUGUAACCAGGCAGUCCAAGAAACAUGGAGCUAGGAAAAUGAGGAAAAAGUCUUCUGAUUCUAAUGAUCUAGUAGCACAGUGGGAUAUUUCAGGGGCUGCAAAGACAUCGUCCAAGUUGCAAAGGGAAGAGGCCAAGAUAGCUGCUUGGGAGAACUUGCAGAAAGCGAAAGCUGAAGCAGCGAUUCGAAAGCUUGAGAUGAAACUAGAAAAGAAAAGGUCUGCAUCGAUGGAUAAGAUAUUGAAUAAGCUGAGAGCUGCGCAGACCAAAGCACAAGACAUGAGAAGCUCGAUUUCAGAGAAUCAAACCCGUACCACAUCAUCCACCAUUUCCCAUAAACUUAUCUUUCGAAGGUGUUUGAAAACAAAUUCUCUGAGAGGCUGCUUCGUUUGCUGCACUUGA